AUGACGCGGUGCCGUGCCAGCGCUUCUAUGACUGGUGUGUCUUCGAUGCCUGCGGGGGUCCCUGAUUGCCGCCGCUGCAGCUGCAGCCUGAGCUGCGAGGCGGGCGAGUUCCGCUGCACGGUGGGCCGGUGCGUGCCAUACCCACACCGCUGCGACGGCCGCGACGACUGCGGCGACUUCAGCGACGAGCGUGGCUGCGUCUGCCCCCCCGGCCACUUCCAGUGUCCCGACGCCCAGUGCCUGCCCCCAGCCGCCGUCUGCGACGGCAACCGCAACUGUGCCAACGGCACCGACGAGGCUUUCUGCCCAGAGCGGGUGACCUGCGCCCCCGGGCAGCUCCCCUGCCCCGACGGCUCCUGCAUUGGCGAGGCCACGGUCUGUGAUGGCAUCCGCGACUGCCGGGAUGGCUGGGACGAGAGCCCGGCGGGCGUGUGGGCCGCUGAGUGGCUGCGGUGA